AUGCAGGAUGAAUUUAGGGCUUCUCAACCCCAUAUUUCAACUUCACCUUCCAUUGCAACACUAGUGGAUAAUCUUGCUGUCGCCAUUACAAACCUUGCACGAUGUAGCACAGAGAUGUAUGCUGAUUUUGCAAGUUUUAGGAACGAGAUGCGCGCCGACUUCGCCAAGAUUAAAGCUAAUUUCGCAAAGGUUAGUACCCUAGCUUCUACAAUGAGUUUCGAUGGCAGUGUCCCAGUUUCGGAAGAUGCUAUUAGUGUUGAUGUUUCCGGUUCUGGAGUCAAUCAAGAAAUUCAAGAGAUGGUUGCUGUGGCGCAUCAGUGUAUUGCAAUAACUCCAAUUUUGAUUGAUGUGGAAGCUAAGUCAGUUGAUUCCUUUUUGGUUGGGUGUAAAGUGCAAACUGGUGCCCUUCCUUGGCUUGACGAUCUAAGUUUGAUGGCCAUAUACUGUGUCUCUGAUGAUAUGGUAGCUGCAAGACACAUGUUUGAUGAAAUGUCUGACCUAAGUACAAGGUCUUGGUACGUGAUGAUAUAUGACCCUUUGCUUUAUUGGGACCCUGGAGGAUUUCUUUUAACCAUCGUAGAGAACAUGCUGGAUAUUGGACGAAUAAGUCUUCCGCAUGAAGACGCCAAGCCAUAUAAACUUGAUCUCGUUCUUAAGAAAGGAAUUUGCCUCUAUGGUGCAGAGAUUUCUCCUAAAUCUGUAAGUGUUGGCUUAACAGAAGCUUCCUUUACAAGGUUCCUUACUUUUACUUGGGAUCCAAAAGGUUUCUUUGCUCUUUCUUUCACAUUGAACCUUGAGGACAAGAUUCCUUUACAAGAUGGGGUGAAUGAUGUAAGCAUCAGUAGCAGCAGAAAGAUGAUACAAGUAGCCAUUGUAGUUAUAUUAACAUUCACCAUAGAAGAUGAGCAACCAGAGGUCCAAGGUCGAGUGUUGAUGUUAACCAAAAAAAAAAUAAUUGCAACAAAAAGUCAAAAUGGGCAUAAUGGAGUUUCUUAUACACAAUAUCUCAAUAAGUUGCAUGGCCUUAUCCAAGUGGAAAAGUUAACUUGCUGGAUGAUCACUGGGGAGAGACAGGCUGCAAAAAUAAGAGGUUUACACCUUCAAACAAUUUUGAGGCAAGAUGUUAGUUUCUUUGAUGAGGAAACUAAUACUGAAGAGGUUGUUAGAAGGAUAUCAGGUGAUAUUGUUCUUAUUCAAGAUGCCAUGGGUGAGAAGGUCGGACAGUUUAUACAGUUAAUAGCAACUUUCUUGGGAGGUUUUGUAAUAGCAUUCAUCAGGGGAUGGCCUCUAACAGUUGUCAUGCUAUCUUGUAUUCUACUUAUUCUAAUGAGCAUGGUUAUUGCAAAAGCAUCAUCCAGUGGACAAACAGAUUAUUCUCAAACAGAUUAUUCUACAGCAGCAAGUGUAGUAGAGCAGACAAUAGGUUCUAUCCAAACAGUUGCAUUAUUCACUGGGGAGAAGCAAACUAUAGCUAAAUAUAAUCAGUCCUUGAUCCAAGCUUACAAGACUGGAGUGCAAGAGGCAAUAUCUUAUGGUCUGGAGUUUGGUUCACUCUUUUUUGUUUAUAUCUCCACUUAUGUUUUGGCUGUAUGGUUUGGUGGGAAAAUGACAAUAAGGAAAGGAUAUACUGGAGGGAAGGUUGUGACUGUAAUUUUUUUUGAUUUGACUGGCUCCAUGUCUCUUGGGCAGGUUCUUCCAAGCUUAGGUGUUUUUGCUGCAGGACAAGCUGCAACCUUUAAGAUGUUUGAAACAAUUAAAAGGAAGCCAGAAAUUGAUUCUUAUUAUGAUACAGGUCAGCAACUUGGUGAAAUUCGUGGAGAAAUAGAACUUAGGAAGGUUUGCUUUAGUUAUCCUACAAGACCUGAUGAAAUGAUCUUAAAUGGAUUUUCUCUUUCAACACCAAGUGGCACUACUGCAGAUGAGACAAUUAAGGGAGGCACUUUCAAUGAAUUUGUACCAGAUUCUGCAGCUAUUGCUUCAAGCAUCCAAUAUCAUGCUGUGUUCACCACAUCUUUUUCUCCAGAGAAGUUAGAGCUCAGUAAGGCUCUCUUUGCAACUGCAGAGAGUGUCUGUGACUCCCUCAUCAUAAAUUGGAAUGCAACAUAUGACUAUUAUGAGAAGAUGAAUGUUAAACAAGCUUAUUAUAUGUCUAUGGAGUAUCUACAGGGUAGGGCAUUGCUGAAUGCAAUUGGGAAUUUACAACUCUCAGGUCCUUAUGUUGAGGCUCUCAAAAAGCUGGGUCACAAUUUACAGGAUGUGGCUAAUCAGGAGCCAGAUGCUGCCCUUGGGAAUGGGGGACUAGGUCGACUUGCUUCCUGCUUUUUGGACUCCUUGGCAACGUUGAAUUACCCUGAAUGGGGAUAUGGACUUAGAUACAAGUAGCUUAUAACAAAGGAUGGCCAGGAGGAAGUUGCUGAAAGCUGGCUUGAGAUGAGAGAUCCCUGGGAAAUCUUAAGAAAUGAUGUCUAUUAUCCAGUUAGACUCUAUGGAGAAGUUAUUUCAGGGCCAAAUGGAAGUAAACAGUGGAUUGGAGGAGUAGCUUUUAUCUGGACUGGCUCUCCAUCCUGA